UUCUCUAGGCUCUUCUAUUUAGCUCUGUAACUUGAGUGAGAGAGAGAGAGAGAGAGACAGAGAGACAGAGAGAGAAUGGAGAAGGAGCGGGUGCAAGCAAUAGCUUCUCAAGCUAUAGCAACCGAUACAAUCCCUAAGGAGUUCAUAAGAGCCGAGGAUGAACAACCAGCAACAACCACCUACAAUGGACCUGUUCCUGAAAUCCCCACCGUCGAUCUCAACGAACCAAAUUACGACAACCUUGUCCAUUUGAUCACCAAUGCCAGCGAAGACUGGGGAAUCUUCCAAGUUGUGAAUCAUGGAAUACCUUUAGAGGUCAUUCAAAAGUUGCAAACCGUUGGAAAAGAGUUCUUCGAACUCCCACAAGAAGAAAAAGAAGCUUACGCUUCUGUUCCUGGAUCCAUAGAAGGUUAUGGAACCAAACUUCAGAAUGAACCACAAGGGAAACGAGCUUGGGUUGAUUUCUUGUUUCACAACAUAUGGCCUCCUUCGAUCAUCAAUUACCAGUUCUGGCCCAAAAACCCAUAUUCCUACAGGGAAUUUAACGAGGAGUAUGCCAAGUACUUAAGAGCAGUGGUGGACAAGCUACUGACGUGCUUGUCAUUAGGGUUAGGUUUGGAAGGAAAUGUGAUAAGAGAUGCAUUGGGUGGAAAUGAGUUGGAAUACUUGCUGAAGAUCAACUAUUACCCACCUUGCCCUCGCCCUGAUCUGGCUCUUGGUGUGGUGGCCCACACUGACUUGUCAGCCCUAACCGUUCUAGUGUCUAACGAGGUUCCUGGGCUCCAAGUCUUCAAAGAUGGUCGUUGGUUUGACGCUAACUAUAUCCCUAAUGCUCUCAUCAUCCAUAUCGGUGAUCAGAUUGAGAUAUUAAGCAAUGGAAAGUAUAAGAGCCUGCUGCAUAGAAGCACUGUGAACAAGGAGAAAACAAGGAUUUCGUGGCCGGUGUUUUGCUCCCCGCGGAGAGAGAUGGUUGUAGGGCCUCUACAUCAGCUUACCAGUGAACAAAAUCCACCGAAGUACAAAAGCAAGAAAUUUAAGGAUUACGAGUAUUGUAAGCUCAAUAAACUUCCACAGUAGAAUGUUGAA